AGACCUACAUACAUACAUCACUUUAACUAUCCACAGUGGCGGCGUUCAAGGCGAACAGCACAAGAGCUUGCGAGGAAGAAGCGCGACAACCCUCUUUCCCACCUGCCUUUGGUGUUCUUGUAACGCGAAAGGAAACGGGCGGAGCAAACAACACGCGACCUGUAGCAAUUGAACCACCUCUUUGUCCCCGCCUGCUAAGCUUUAGGUGCAUAAGUAUCAUGUUGAUCAUGGCAAUUUCAGGAUACUCACGGUUGCAGAUGACCUUAGAUACCACAAGAGCAAGAUAAAGCAAAAGGCCACUUGGCUAUCUAUCCAACAUGUCGUCGCCAAGUGCCGCCUCUGCUUCCGUAGAGCAGCAAAAGGUCGAGUCGCCAUCAGCAGUACUCGACUCUGCCCAUGAAGCCGCAAAGGAUGAGCGCGUUGACGACGACGACGCUACAACUGAGGCCGUAGAAUUGGCUGGAGAAGCUGAGUCCGAAGCAGCAGAGAACGGUGCCGAAUCUGCCGACAAAUCACCAGGAGAGGCAUCGUCUUCUGAUGCUGCUGAAGAAGCACCGCCGCUGCCGAACGAAGCUGUUCCUGAUGGCCCACCGCUGCCAAAUGAACCAGUGCCACAGAAGCCAGAAGAUGACGGAUGGGAUUGCCAGUGGGAUCCGAAUAGCCAGUCGUGGUUCUUCUACAACCGGUUCACAGGCAAGUCUCAGUGGGAAAACCCUCGAGUGCCAGACGCAAGCGCUGCGACCACCUCACAAAGGGUAGAGCCGCAGCCGCCUUCUGAUGAGAAGCCUGUUGCGGGCGGCUACAACCCUGCCAUACACGGCGACUAUGAUCCAAAUGCAUGGUAUGCCAAGAAUGACCAAGAGGAUGAAAGUGCGUCUGCCGGCUUCUCUGGCGACCCCGCUGCCAUCUAUGGUGCUACCGUUUCUUUCAAUCGCUUCACCGGAGCCUUUCAGUCCGGUGAUGCGGGCCCUGAGCGGCACUCGGACGAGGCCAAGGCUAAGCGUCAGAUGAACGCAUAUUUCGACGUGGAUGCCGCGGCGAAUGCUCAUGGUGGCCGCAGCUUGAAGGCUGAACGCUCGAAUAAGAAGCCAACUAAGAAUGAGCUGAAAGCCUUCAAAGAGAAGCGCCGGGCCAGAAAGGAAGAGAAGCGCAGAGCUUGGCUGCGCGAUUGAAAAACAAUCUUCUCUAGAUUCUUUUUUUUUUUUUUUUUUUCUGAUACAGGACUUUAGGAUUUCUACUUGCUUGGUUUGGUUCUCUUGCAUGGCAUUGGUCUUUUUAACCCCCAAUCUACUUAACACUUUAGGGGUUAUUACUUUUUUUUUUUUUAAUUUGGCAGACUUGUCGGCUUGAAUUUUCUCGAAACAUACAGCGGCG